UGAGUGUGCGUGUGUGUGUGAUGGCAACUUAGAGAGACGGGGCAGCGGCGCGCUCCACAGACUAGGCAGAGCACAUCAAUAACAGCCGCUCACGACAGAGGUGAGAACAUCUGGAAUAUCUUGCCAUCUCCGUCUCUGCCCCUGUUUGUCUGCGUCGGCUCGCCGUCUUUAUCGCUUCCUCUCGUCCUCCCUCCUCCCUCGGCUGUCUCCUCCGCUCCCUCCGUCUAUUUCUCUCUCUCCCUCCCACCCACACCCACCCCCCUGCAGUCUCGAGAGUGUGUUGGAGCCGGUAGCAGGUACAGCAGGAGCCCAUUAGUGCUGAGCCCCGCUCUGAUUGGAUGAGCCGGAGAAACCGGGAGACUGCCUCUGAAUAAUUGAUGUGCAUUGUGCAGAAGCUGGACAAGGGGAAACGACAGAUCAGAGAGCAAGAGAGAGUGAGACGGAAGGAGAGUGCAAAAGAAAGGAAGAGAUAAAGACAGGGGAGGAAGUAAGUAAGUGAGUGAGAAGGAGAGGAAGAGUGAGCAGAGUAACGGAUACGUGCAGAGAGUGCGAGUGGUAAGGCGCAGGCAGGAGGCUUGGAAGCAGCAAACGCUUUGAGAGUUGCCCCUGGCCUCUGCGGAAACUGGAGCAUUUGUGACACUUGAGUCUUUUCUCUGCACUAUGAAGGGAAUAAGAUGAGAUGUGCAGGGACUUUGCUUGGUUCUGGAAACCAGCACCUGCAGGAGAUGUCAGAGUGACUCAGCGCUGCUGUCGUCGUGGUGCGAGGAGCUGGGUCGUCUCCUCCUGCUGCGUCACCAGAAGAGCAGGCAGAACGAACCGCAGGGAAAGGUUCCCAUGCAGCCCAGUAUGAACAGCAUGAAGCCCGGCCUCACACACAGUGAUGGAUCCUUUCCUUAUGACUGGCAACAAAACUCCAACCAGCCCCCUGGGUCAUUGUCCGUGGUUACAACGGUUUGGGGCGUCACCAAUACGUCACAGAGUCAGGUGCUCGCUAACCAUAUGGCGAAUAGCAAUAACUCCAUGAAUCCCGGAGGUAACCCUAUGGGAUCGGGCCUAUCUGCCAGCGGGCCCGGCCUCAACUCCCCCCAGUUCAAUGCUCAGCAGCAGCAGCAGUUUCCAAAUAAAGGAGGCUCCAACCAACAGUACAUGCAGCAGGGCAUGUACGGCAGGCCUGGCUACCCCGGAGGUCCUGGGGGAUACAGCGGGAGUUACUCGGGAGGCCCAAACCCUCCUCCAGGAGGAAUGGGAUUGACCUCCCACUCACGUCCUCCUGGUGACUUCACGCAGCCAGCUGCCGCCGCGGCAGCCGCCGCCGUCGCUGCCGCCGCUGCCACGGCAACGGCCACGGCAACGGCAACGGUGGCAGCGAUGCAGGAAACCCAGAAUAAAGACAUGAGCCAGUAUGGACAGAUGUGUUCUUCCUUCCAGAUGGGCCCCGCACAAACCUACAGCAGCCAGUUCAUGAACCCGUCGGGCCCACGAGGCCCCCCUGGAGGUAUGAACCCCGGCAACAUGGGUUCAGCCAUGAACAACCCCAACAUGAGUGGCCCUCCAAUGGGCAUGAGCCAGGCUCGUACUCCAGGCAUGGUGCCCUUCGGGGCUCACGGCCAAAGGAUGCCCCAGCAGGGGUAUCCCGGGGGACCUCGACAGGGCAUGCCAAUGCAGGCGAUGAAGAGGCCAUAUCCUGGGGAGGCAAGUUACGGGGGUCAGCAGUACGGGCCGAACAGUCAGUUCCCACCACAGCAGGGGCAGUACCCCGCAUCAAACGCCUCCAGGCCGCUGCCCUCUCCAAACUACCCCGGCCAAAGGAUGCCGGGGCAGCAAGGCCAAGGACAGUACCCACCUGGCAUGCCCAUGAGCCAGUACUACAAGCAAGAACCCUUUAAUGGUCAGAACACCAACUUCCCUGGAGGUGGAUACUCUUACGGCCAAGGCAACGGGCCCCCGAGGCCUGUGAACUACCCCCACUCGCCGGUCCCUGGGAACCCCACACCGCCUAUGACCCCCGGAAGUAAUAUCCCUCCGUACUUGUCGCCAAACCCGGACGUGAAGCCGCCGUUUCCACCCGACAUGAAACCAAAUAUGACAGCGCUUCCGCCCCCUCCGUCUAACCCCAACGAGGAGCUGCGGCUGACGUUCCCCGUCAGGGACGGGGUGGUGCUGGAGCCGUUCCGCCUGGAGCACAACCUGGCCGUCAGUAACCACGUCUUCCACCUGCGACCCUCCGUCCACCAGACGCUCAUGUGGAGGUCGGACCUUGAGCUCCAGUUCAAGUGCUACCAUCAUGAAGACAGGCAGAUGAACACCAACUGGCCCGCCUCCGUCCAGGUCAGCGUCAACGCCACGCCCCUCACCAUCGAGAGGGGAGACAACAAAACCUCCCACAAGCCCCUGCACCUGAAGCACGUAUGCCAACCUGGAAGAAACACCAUCCAGAUAACGGUCACCGCCUGCUGUUGUUCCCACCUGUUUGUGCUGCAGCUGGUCCACAGGCCAUCUGUGCGAUCCGUCCUCCAGGGGCUCCUGAAGAAAAGGCUCCUUCCAGCAGAACACUGCAUCACCAAGGUUAAGAGGAACUUCAGCAGCGUGGCGGCCUCUGCGGGAAGCACUACUCUCAACGGGGAAGACGGCGUGGAGCAGACGGCCAUCAAAGUGUCGGUGAAAUGUCACAUCACCUUCCGACGCAUCCAGCUGCCCGCACGGGGGCACGACUGCAAACAUGUCCAGUGCUUUGAUCUGGAGUCCUACCUGCAGCUCAACUGUGAGAGGGGGACGUGGAGGUGUCCUGUGUGCAAUAAAACGGCACUAUUAGAAGGUCUGGAGGUGGACCAAUACAUGUGGGGAAUCCUCAACGCCAUCCAAAACUCAGAGUUUGAGGAGGUCACUAUAGACCCCACGUGUAGCUGGAGACCUGUGCCCAUAAAGUCUGAGAUCCACAUCAAAGAGGACCCCGACGGACCACUCGCCAAGCGCUUCAAGACCAUGAGCCCCAGUCAGAUGACCAUGCCCAAUGUGAUGGAGAUGAUCGCCCAGCUAGGGCCCGGUUCAGGACCUGGACCGGGCCCUUUACUCGGCCCCAGCCCUUACCCGCCACACCCCAGUCAACAUCCCAGUGGCAACGGGGGCGAUUACCCCGGAGCAGGCAACAGUUACCACGGCCAAGGGAACUUUGACUUCCCUCAUGGGAACCCCUCUGGUGGUGGUGGUGGUGGAGGUGGAGGAGGUCCCCCUAUGAAUGACUUCGUCCAUGGCCCCCAGCUCUCCCACCCGCCAGACGGCCCGGGUGGGCUCCUCUCCCAGGACAAGCCCCUCAAUCACGGCAUGAAUGAUGCAAUGUCCCAUACCGAUCAGUCCCAUAACUCCAUGCAGCAGAGCUUGCAUGCGUCUCCCCGCCCCGGCGGCCACUCAGGGCCGCCUUUACAUCACAGUGGCCAGUCAGGGCCGCCGUUGCAUCACGGCGGCCAACCAUCGCAGCCGCCUCGCCAGUCGCAGCCUCAGCCGCCGCAUCAGCAACCUCAGCAGCCCGGGCAGAACAGUCACCCCCACAGCGAUUUGAACUUUAACCCCUCCUCGGAUGGGCAGAUGGGUCAGGGAGCCCAGGACAUGCCUGAACCAUCCCUGGAUCUGCUUCCAGAGCUGGCCAACCCCGACGAGUUAUUAUCGUACCUGGACCCUCCCGACCUUCCCACCAACAGCAACGACGACCUUCUCUCCCUCUUUGAGAACAACUAGCCCCUGAAGAGAAAAAAAACAAAACCCUCCUGCACCUACGGGAGUCGUGAUUGUGUUUGACUGUCCGUCCACAGACACCUCAGCGACCUCCUAUCGAUACUUCAAACAGCUUCCUAUGCUCAUGCACGCACACACGCACCCACAGUCUACGGACAGGAAACGUGUGGCACAGGAGCGCGGCCGAAAAAGAGACGUCUGUUCGGGACGUCCGAGGGAGGGAGCCGGACCGCCACUCAUCCCGUCUGUCCUCGUGUAAAGAUUCCACGCACCAGUUCCACCGCCUUUGACUCUAAACACACCAUUCACGGCCAGCCAUGUUGGCGGGCACUAAAGUGAGAUAUAUAUAUGUAUAUAUAUGCAUUUAUAUAUAUAUAUACAUAUAUAUAUAUAGGUACAUACACAUGAUAAUUGUGACUUUUUUAACAGUAAACUGUGCAGCUAUAAUCAUGUGUAACCAACACAGAGGAGACAGGAGCCUUUGUGGGCUUUAGGAAAAGUGUUGUAGCGUUGUUUUGUUUUUAUUUUUGUGAAAAAAAACAUUGUCUUGUAAGAGUGUUUUUAUCAUUUUCGAAAUGAGUUCUUCAAAAAUGUAGGCACAUGCCAUCAUGCCCUUUGACUCCCAGACUUGUGGUAAAACAGUGCACUUUGUCCAAUGCAGUGUGUGUGUGAGAGGGUGUGUGUGAGGGUGUAUAUGCGUAUGUUUGUGCGAGCGCGCGUGUGUGUGUGUGAGUGUUUGCAUACGUUUGUGUGUCCUCUUUUGUUUGCGUGUGAUGGACAGUGAGGAGAGAGUUUGAGCCUGAGGAGGGAAGAAAAAUAUCGAAUCGGAAAGAAAUACACCACAAUCCACUCUAAGAGCUGUCUCAGUACUUUAUGUCCAGUCUGUAGUCGUUCUAGUGUAUUUAUUGUAGUGUUUCGCUCUUCCUCAACAAACUCACCACCAUUUUGUCCACAAGUGCAUGUGUGCCAAUGGCUCCUGUUGUCUUUGUCCAGCCUAACCAUGCUUGAUCAAAUAAUUGUCUCUCGUUUUAUAUUUAUUAUUUUAUUUCAAAUUCAUCUGUUUUUUUUGUUUUUUUUUAAGUGUUUAAUCAUCCCACACAGAAAUGAAUCAGAUACACAUCACCAAAGUUGUCCUAUGCUUUUUGUAAGUGGCUGGACCUGGAUGUAACGUCGAUGCAAGAGCAGGAUUUCAACAUCCUACAGACGUCUACAGAAGUAUUUAAAUCACUGUUUUAUAGAAGCGUCUGUGAUUGUUCUGAUCUUUCCUUUUGUUGUUUUGUUACUGUUGAAUUGCAUCUUUUUGGGAAAAACAUCCUGCAUGAUCCAACAGUUUCCCAAGCUGUUGUAUACACCCAUUGUGGAUACUUUGUGACUGUACAGUACUGUACCUAUCUGUUACUGAUAACUACAUGGUACUGUAUGUCUGUCAAGGACUACACACUCGCACGCACACACACACACACACACACACACACACACACUCAAUCCCUUCCUAAUCAGUUCCAUAUUGUAACAAAUUGAUCUAGAUGCACCCACUGGACUUGUAUUGAGUACCUGUGUGUUGUUUCUCUUUUGUGACAAUGCAUUGGGCAAAAGGAAUAUUCAGACUGCUCAGCAGAAAGUUAUCAAAGUUUUUAUUUUCUUAUGUAUACAAAUUGAUCAGCUUUAAAUUUGGUGUUUUCUGUCUAAAAGAUUGUUGAUGCAGCUUAGAGGUCCAAAUUUCUCAAAAACAGACCUGUGAGGUAACGAAACAAGCGACCUUGUUUUUAUUUAAAUUGAAAAUGCAAAAAAUGUCCUCUUGAUUGUUUCAAACCCUGAUUAUUAGUUUUU